GUUUCUCUUUUGUAUUUUUAAAUAUUAUUUAUUUACUAUGUUUACGACUAUACAGAUUACAGUGACUUGAAAUAAAAUGUGAACACUUAUGAAAAAAUGCAGUAUAAUCAUGUUUUGUUUAAUUUACAAAAUUAUUUUUUGAACCUGAAGGAGUAGUUACAUUAAAAUUCAAAUAAUUUAAGAAUUACGAUCGAAAAUGGAAGAAGAAUUAAGAUGUUUUAUAUGUAAAGAAUUUUAUAGAGAACCUGUUCUUCUUCCUUGUGGCCAUGCUUUGUGUCGUAUUUGUGCCGUGGGUUUACAAACUCAUGUCCAUGAAACAGACAAUACAUCGGUUGCAACGACUGAUUAUCAGGAGGCAGAUAAAGCAUCUGUUUCGAGUGAAACAGAUAGUGGAGUUGUUUGUGGAUCAAGACCCAAUAGCUAUGCAGGUGCUACCGCUGCCAUUGCGUACUCUUCAGCGGCAUUUAGCAUUACCUGUCCACUUUGUAAUAAACAAGUAUACUUAGAUGAUAAUGGAGCAGAAGGCCUUCCACCUUUUCGUGUUAUGCGAACUAUUGUAGAACGUUUUGGAGGCAUCAGCGUGACACCUCCAGCCGAAGAAGCAUGUCAAAUGUGUGAAGGAGAAAGAAGGGCAGCCAUAGUGCGUUGUGAGCAGUGUUCUGUUCGGUAUUGUGCAAGUUGCAGAGACGCCUGGCAUCCCACGAGAGGGCCCCUUGCACAACAUGAGUUGAGAGCAUUAGGAACAACAUGUAAUGACCAUGGCUCUAUGCCUAUCCUUUACUGUAAUACUUGUUUGGUUCCAAUUUGCCAGAGUUGUAUUGCAGAAAGACAUUCAUCACAUGAGACGCAACAGUUAUCUAGUGCAGCUAGAGCUCAUAAGACUGAAUUAUCACAAACCCUGCAUCAGUUGUCUGAAGAAGCCAAGGCUAUGACUGAAUAUAUCCAGCUAGUCAAAGGAUCAGGAGAUAAAAUUAAUGAAUCAUGCGAGGAACUGGAAGUGCAAAUAGAUCAAGCAUGUGCAGAAAUUACUCGAGCCAUAGAAAGAAGACGAGAUGAGCUAAUAAGAGCAGCUCGUAACACAAGAUCGCAAGCCGUCUCCAACAUGCGCUCACUAACAUCACAAGCCGCCCAAAAAUUGCGCGAAGCGACAGCGUUACUACAUUUCUCAAUAGAGGCCUUGAAGGAAUCAGAUCAUGCAGCAUUUCUCCAAGUGGGUAGGAUUCUGUCAGCGCGUGCGCAGGAUACAACAUCAGGCCUACGGUCGUCGUUGGAGGCUCCGCCCGCUCCAUCCGCACUCACGCUGGACAUCGAACCCGUACUACGCACCGUAAAGACGAUGAACUUCAUAGAAUGUAUACCUCCGGAGAAGGAAAUGAAAACAGCAGCGCCGGGCGCGCCGGAGAUGGCGGUGGAGGCGUGCGCGGCUCGCGGUUGCUCGUGCACGCUGGCGUGGCGGGCGCCGCACGCACCGCGCGCAGUGCGCGGUUACGUGCUCGAGCUGGACGACGGGCUGGGGGGCCCCUUUCGGGAGGUGUACUGCGGUCGGGAAACAGUGUGCACAAUUGAUGGUCUGCAUUAUGCGUCGCUGUAUAGUGCACGUGUAAAGGCCUUUAAUGGCGCAGGAGAGGGACCAUACAGCGAAGUUAUAGGUUUACAAACAUCACCGGUUGCGUGGUUCACCUGGGACGCGCGAUGUGCCAGCGCCGAGGGCGGCCUGGCCAUCGGCGCGGACGGGCUAGUCGCGCGCGCCAGCGGCUGGCAGCCCCGGGUGGCGCUCGCCGACCAGCCGCUCGCACGCGGCCUGCACUACUGGCGCCUGCGCAUCGACGAGUACGACGGCGACGCCGACCCCGCCUUCGGCAUCGCGCGAGCCGACGUCGCCAGGGAUAAGAUGCUCGGCAGCGACGCGCUGGGCUGGGCCAUGUACAUCGACGGCGUGCGCUCGUGGUUCGUGCACGGCGGCGCGCACGGCGGGCGCGCGGCGGGCGGCAUCGCGCGCGGCUGCACGGUGGGCGUGCUGCUGGACCUGGCGCGCGGCACGCUGCGCUUCGCCGUGGACGACGUGCCGCAGGGCGACGUGGCCUUCACGGGCCUGCGCGGCGCGCUGUACCCCGCCGUGUCGCUCAACCGCGGCGUGGCCGUCACGCUGCAGCCCGGCGUGCCGCCGCCGCCCGCGCUGCUGGCCGACGCGCUGGCCGACUCGCUCGCCGACGACUAGCUCUCCGCCGAGGUCGCAAUUGUGACGACCAAUGUGCCCGUCGAUGGGUAAAACUGGUAUUGCACAUUGCUUGUUUCUGUCCUCUAUAUGUACCUUACCUACGCAUUUGUCGCUAUUGAGAAAAUCACUAUACCUUGCCAAUUAUGAGCCUCAAGAAAUUGGUCGUUUAUUUAGACUCGGAGGUUUAUUAUAUAGUCUAAUACACUGGCCUCCCACCAGAUGGGCUUCGGGCCUGCGAUCAAAAGUUUCCGAAUCCAGUUACAAACAAAACGCGAAAAGAGAAGCAAUCGCCCACUAGUCUCCGUUUUGUGAAACCGUAAAAACUAUCUUAGUAAAGUAAAACACAUCGGUUAUCGUGUUUCUAGUAAACACUUUUUAUUUAAAACAUGUAACAUUUUUAAAUUCAAUUGUUGCGAGCAAAACGAAACUGUAUAGUCACUAAUUAACCUAAAGCUAAUUAGCGUUUCCGUUUCCAUAUAUUCAUGUUUCUACACAAAUUAAUUUCUUUUUAUUCGUGAUUUUUUUAUUACACCCGUUGUCCAUUGUUGGGACGCCAGUGACAAAAUAGCGCAUAUACUUGUAAAUAUUAAAUGCAGCUAAAACAAUACUACAGGCAACGGUCUUUCAAUUAUUUAAUAUAAACAAUUUUUCUUUGUAUUUAUACCAUGUUAUUUGAAGAAAAAGUUAUAAGAAACGGUAACUUAGUCCGAGCGAUUAUAUAUAGCGAUAUAUAAACAGGCUAAGAUAAACAGUUCAUUACUACUUGUCUGCUUGUCAACCCGGUUUUCUUCUCAUUUGGUAUCUAUUGACUAUUGAGCUUUUUAGUGUUAUUAAUAAGAAAAAAUGGAAAUUUGCAAAUUCCACUGAGCAAACACUAGUCAGUAGAUACUUGAAAGUUAUGUCAAAUAAAUAUUAUUAUGUGUUUUAAUAUUAUUGUAUGUUUCGUAUAUUUGUUAAUCGCCAUACGCAUAUCAUUCGUCAUAUAUAUAAUUAAAAAAAUAAUUGUUAAUUAAAUUAUUUCGUCAAAUAAGAGUAAUAUGAACUUAUUUUUUUUUUUAUAGAAUAGGAAGGUGGACGAGCAUAUGGGCCACCUGAUGGUAAGUGGUCACCAAACGCCCUUAGACAUUGGCAUUGUAAGAAAUGUCAACCAUCGCUUAUAGCCAAUGCGCCACCAACCUUGGGAACUAAGAUUUUAUGUCCCUUGUGCCUGUAAUUACACUGGCUCACUCACCCUUCAAACCGGAACACAACAAUAUCAAGUAUUGCUGUUUUGCGGUAGAAUAUCUGAUGAGUGGGUGGUACCUACCCAGACGAGCUUGCACAAAGCCCUACCACCAGUAUUAAAGUAUCAGCUGUUAUAUUGUAAGUAAGCCUCGACCUCUAUCACAUUGAUCUAGUCACUAGUGCAGCCAAACUCAACCUUUUUUGUAUAGGUGCCUCAAACACGUGUUAGAGGGGGGGGGGGGGUUGCCGCGGGCCGCAAACGGACAUAUUUGUUUCGGGAUUGUUACAAAUUGAAUUAAACAACUAUGAAUCGUGUUUCUUUAUCAUUUACAGACAUUUCAAACACUUUGCGGUGACCGUGGUCACAAGCAGUUUAAAAUUAUUUAAAUGUUAAUUAAAAAACCUUUGUAAUUUAAAAUAGUUGGAAACAAAGUAACACGAGGUGGGCAACGACAAAAGCCCAGCGGGCCACAGGUUGAGUACUACUACUGGUCUAGUGGCUAGUUUAUAAGGCUACAGAGACCCAUAGGUCCUUGGUUUUAAACCCGAGUCGGGUUAUUAAAACUAUUUGAUGCUCCGUAUUUGACAGUAGUGUUUACUCUCCUAGGGUGUUUACACACAUUUGCACUAAAAUAAUUUCUUCGCAGAUUAGCUAGAUCAUAUUGGCGCAUUUAUGUCCGAUAGAACAUCAUCAUAGCCAUUAUAAUAAUUAUAAAACUAUGUGUUUUUUCGCAUAUCAUUAAUCAAGUACAGUUAAAAGGUACUGUUAAAACUAAUGUGUACAAAAAGUAACCGACGAAUUAGCCUUGAUGCUAAUUAUUGUACUAAUAUUUUAUUUAUUUAAUAAAUGAUGCUAGGGUACGCAUGGGUUAAUGCAAUAAUCUUAACUAAAUAAAAUGUCUAACGCAUGAUUUUCGUAUUUCGCCUAUUUACGUGUAAACUUUACAUUAUAAAACUAUAAAGUUUGCACGGUUGAACUGAGCGCGGUCUCGCGAAACUAUCAGUCCGAUUUUAAUAAUUAUUCCCGUGUUUUUAAGGAAAGCUAUAUAAGCUCAUACCCCUAAGGAGAGCAGCUGUAAACAAUACGGCCAAGUGUAAUCUAAAUGCAACGCGAGUGUAACCGCGUGUCAAGUAUAUUAUGAUUCCGUUCGUAAAAAUAUCCGUCUUUGACAUAAAAAUAGACAAUAUUAUAUUGAUAGUAUUACAUUGGCAUAGUAAGCAUUUAUUCAGAUACUAAAAUUAAAGUCACAAAAUAUAUAUAUAAAUUAAUAAACUAAAGA